AUGAAGAGACUUCAGGAAACCACUACCAACGACUGGAAGCAAGAUGGUCAGAUUAGCCCCGAGACGAAGAAAGGGAUCGGCAAGGCGAUCAACGAGAUCUCCAAGGAAUGGAUACUCAAAUUGUUUCAUCAAGAGACCAUGCUGAUGCAGGUUGUGACAGGCUUUGCCAACGGUUUGCAGAGGAUCCGGACUUGA